AUGGUGCUGGGUGGGGGGCUGUUCCGAGUAGACAGAUUUCCAGGCACCGGGGCCCCCGCAGACCUAAGUCUGAGGUCGGACGCCUCUCCGGUGCGCCGGCUGCCCCCGCGUGACCUGACCCUUCGCCGCCCAUGCGCCGCCGCCAGCACCAUGCGGAGCUGUCCGCCCUGGAGGCUGCUGCUGCUGCUGCUGCUGUUCUCGCUGUGGGGGCCGCCGCUCCAUAGGGCGGAGGCAGGCUCUGAGGGGCAGACGGCGGGGGAGCUGUACCAGCGCUGGGAACGCUACCGCUGGGAGUGCCAGGAGACGCUGGAAGCCGCGGGGCCCCCAGCAGGCCUCGCUUGUAAUGGGUCCUUCGAUAUGUACGUCUGCUGGGACUACGCUGCGCCCAACACCACUGUCCGUGCGUCCUGCCCCUGGUACCUGCCCUGGCACCGUCACGUGGCUGCAGGCUUUGUGCUUCGCCAGUGUGGCAGUGAUGGCCAGUGGGGACCUUGGAGAGACCAUUCUCAGUGUGAGAACCCAGACAAGAAUGGGACCUUCCAGGACCAAAGGCGGAUCUUGGAGCGGCUACAGGUGGUUUACACCGUGGGCUACUCCCUGUCCCUGGCCGCACUGCUGCUAGCCCUGCUCAUCUUGGGUUUCUUCAGGCGGCUGCACUGCACUCGCAACUACAUCCACAUCAACCUGUUCACGGCGUUCAUGCUGCGGGCGGCAGCCAUCCUCACCCGGGACCGGCUGCUGCCUCCGCCCGGCCCCGCCCCUGGGGACCAGGCCCCUGUUCUGUGGAACCGGGCUAUAGCCACCUGCAGAACAGCCCAGAUCGUGACCCAGUACUGCGUGGGCGCCAGCUACACGUGGCUACUGGUGGAGGGCAUUUACCUGCACAGCCUCCUGGUGCUCAUGGGAGGCCCCAGUGGGGGCCACUUCCGCUGCUACCUGCUCCUCGGCUGGGGGGCCCCCGCGCUUUUCGUCAUUCCCUGGGUGAUCGUCAGGUACCUGUACGAGAACACGCAGUGCUGGGAACGGAACGAGGUCAAGGCCAUUUGGUGGAUCAUACGCACCCCUAUCCUCCUGGCCAUUUUGAUUAAUUUUUUCAUCUUUAUCCGCAUUCUUGGCAUCCUCGUGUCGAAGCUGAGGACACGACAGAUGCGCUACCGGGACUACCGGUUGAGGCUGGCUCGCUCCAUGCUGACGCUGGUGCCCUUGCUGGGUGUCCACGAGGUAGUGUUUGCUCCCGUGACGGAGGAACAGGCCCGGGGCUACCUGCGCUUCGCCAAACUGGGCUUUGAGAUCUUCCUCAGCUCCUUCCAGGGCUUGCUGGUCAGCUUCCUCUACUGCUUCAUCAACAAGGAGGUGCAGUCGGAGAUCCGCCGCGGCUGGCACCGCUGCCGCCUGCGCAGCAGCCUCGGCGACGAGCAGCGCCAGCCCCCGGAACAUGCCUCUUCGACCCUGCCGUUGGGCUCGGGAUCCCGCCAGAUCGCAACUGGCCGCACCCUGUCCUCAGGGAACCUUCCAGGGCCUGGGGAUGAGGCCGGCCGGGCCUUGGAAAGUUACUGCUAGGCGGCGGGAUUCCUGCGAUCGUUCAGUUAGCAUGUAUUCAUUGAGCGUCCACUGUGUACCCGGCCCCUUGUGGAGGGCGCUGGGGAAAUGGGGGCUGGGUGGGGGGAGGAAACAGAAGACAAGGUCCCUGCCCUAGAGUUCACAAUUGAGUGGGGGGAAGCAGACUGUGAAGACAGUACAAGUUAUACAUACACUGUGGAAUGGCUUACAAAGAAAACUUAGAAGGAUGCCUAGGGUGGUCAGGGAAGGCAUCUCGGAGGAGGUGACAUUUAAGCCACGAUUACAAGCGGUGAAGGAGACAGCUUUGGAGAGAACUGGCAGGCAAGAUUCUAGGCAGAAGGAACAGCACCUGCAGAGGUGCUAGGGCAGGAAGGAGCUUGGCUUUUUGAACAGAGAGGUGGCUUUCACGGCUGGAGUGGGGAUGAGUCAGAGCCAACAAAUGCAGAGGGUGGGCAGGGGCACAAGAGUUGGGAUUUAUUCCAGGUGCAUUGAAAAUUCUUAGCAGGAGCGUCUCAUGGGCUAAUGUAUUUUUAAUUUAUUUUAUUUAUUUAUUUUUAGAGGGGAAGGGAGGGAGAAAGAGGGAGAGAAACAUCAAUGUGUGGUUGCUUCCCAUGCACCUUGUACUGUGGACCAGGCCUGCAACCCAGGCAUGCGCCCUGAUUGGGAAUCGAACUGGCAACCCCCUGGUUCACAGGCCGAGCUCAAUCCACUAAGUCAUACCAGCCAGGGGCUAAUAUUUUAAACAGAACCUUCUGUCUGCCCUGUGGGGGAACAGAUUGUUAGGGGCAGCAGAAGCGGGAGCCCAGUGAGGGCACUGCAGGUGGGAGGGGAUGAUGGCUGAAGCAGGGUGGUGGCCAUGGAGGGUGUGAAGCAGCUGGACUCUGGAGCUAUUUUGAUGGUAAAGCUGAGCAUUUGGCAAGGGAUUGCAUGAGCAACGUUUGGCAAGGAGAGAAGUCCGGGAAGGCUCGUAGGUUUGAGACUGUGGAGAGAGGAGAGAGAUAGGGAGGCUGUGUUUGGGGUGGGGUGAACCAAGAGUGCUCUUUGGACAUGUCAAGCUGGGACUAAGGGCCUGGAGCUCAUGAGAGAUUAGAGUGGGAGACUGAAGUGUGAGCCCACUGGGUGUAGAGAGGAUUCAGUGUGCAGAUGCAGGCCUCAGCUGAGACCUGACAUCCCGAGGCCAGGACCACGGCUAGGUGGGGAGUGUGGCUGCACAUCUCCACCCUCCUGGGGACCCCCCAGGGCAUGGGGAGAACUGGGGGGAACCAAGAGCCACAAUGUAGCUGGACUACCUAUACACAUGUAAAACCCUCACUUUUAAAUCCUUCACCCCCACAGCUACUCACAGAUUGUUAGUUCCUGGGUGUUGUUAUUUUCCUUGGGUCUCCAGCUCCCUGGACAGAUGAACUUGGAGUUCUUUAAGCACAACGUGGCCUUGCUGGGCCCCCUUUGUGGGUUCUGGGAGGGUAAGGCCCCAGGGCAGG